AUGCGCAUAGCUGGCUACCUGGAUCCCUUCUUGGCUUGCUCCUUCUCCUUGCACCCCUGGUCUCUCGACUGGUCUCUCGGCUCCCUCCACCAUUUCGCGGAUAUCGACAUGCCGAACAUUGUCUUUCGACGAGUUCAGGCAGCUACUCAGAUCGUUACUCGCACUCGACCUAUCGUACGACUCAAGCGACGCACUGUGGCUGUAGAAUCAACUCAGGCCAGCAGCGAGAACGCAAUUGUGUCUCGUUCGCUCUCGGACGUAACAUCGCCCGCGGUGGACUCCGUACUGGUAUCUCUCGCCAUCACGGAAGCCGGAAGAACCCGUGCAGGGUCGAAGCGUAUCGUGAAGGAUACGGUCAAAGACGCUCUGAUUCUCGGCCUUGAGGCCCUGGCACAGUCCGCCGACGUCUUUCCUCCGCUUAAGAGCGUCGUCGGCGGACUGCUCUUCUUCGCAACACAAGUCGAGCGUGUAUCUGGAAACGAAGCGCAGAUUGGCGAGACAUACGCUGAGAUCGACGCAAUCGCGGCGUCGCUUGUACGUGCCAUUCCAGACGCCACUGUCCUUUCGCCUGCACUCGAGGCGGCUAUUCGGGCCUUUGCGCAAGAUGUCAAGGCUGUGUGCACAGAGAUGGACGCUAUUGCUCGUCAGCGCCUAGUCAAACGCUUCCUCUGCGCCAAGCGGCACUCCGCCCAGCUUCAAAUCCUCAUGCAGAGACUGAAUCAUGCCAACGAGUCCUUCUCGAGAACGAUGUUGACGAGCAUUAACAUCACAACUACGGAGAUACUGGCCUGUGUGAAGAAUACACCACAAAAGGAAGCGUACCGCCUCACACAACUUCAAUUGUAUUUUUUUUUUGUUCGAUCGCAACCCUGA